AUGGAACAUGGCGUGGAGGCAGCGCCGCGGCAUGCGGUGGAGUCGGACGAGGAGGAGGUUGGCGUGAAUGUGCAUGCGGCAGUCCGCCUUGAUGUAGAUGCACGUGGGCGCCGGCUGGUCGUUUUGGGCGGCGAUGCCGGAGUGUCCGUGCUGGCGUUUGCGAAUGGCGCAGCGGCGUGGGAAGUGCUUGGGGAUAUCGCGGUGGAUGGCGAGUGUGUGGGGUGGAUCACGGCGCCCAGUGCGGACGUGCUGCUAGCAUACAUCCCGCAGCCUGCGUGGCUCGCGCUGGGAGCAGAGGCGCCGCUCGCGCGGCGCCUGGUGGAGAUUGCAGCGCCGUCCAGCGUUGUCGUUGUCCAGGACUACGCGCCGGCGCGGUACAUUGCGCAUGCGCUGCCUGCCGAGGCGCCACUUCGGUUCCUGCGGCAUGUGCCGGCAUCGGCGACGAUGCCGCAUGCGUGGGCGUCGUUCACAACGCCGUGGGAGGUCCCGAAUCUGUGCACGGGCGUUGCUGCGGCUGUGUAUGCCGAGGCGAUCUAUGCGCACGUCCCGGCGCUGUGUGUGUAUGUACCGACGGCGCAGCUCGCACCGCACGAUGCGAUGCCGCGGACGCGGCGCGCGGCAAUUCCGUUGGCACUGCAGACACUGUCCGUCGACGAGGCGCGCAGGAAGCUGCAGCGGAUAGCGGCGAGUGAAGAGGCGCAUUUGCGCGUGCUCGUGGCGCUGCUUGGCAAGGAGAAUGGCGCGCGCGAGGCGCAGACGCCGCUGCUAUUGCGUGCGGCGCAGGCAAUCCUCGCGGUGCCGUCGGCAAACAUGGCCGGCGUGGGAGAUGGAGCUAUGCAUAUGUAG